CUAGCCGGCUUGGCGUCCCCUUCCCGCGUCUGUGAGGCAUCUGACCGCCGCCCUUGGAAAAGGAACCGCCGAGGUGAUUUUAUUACCGAGUUUCACCAGGAUCCAUCAAAACUGGUAAAGAGAGCGGCUCCGCGGAAGAAUGCUUCACUGGAGCUGGAUGCCAAACAAGCGCUUUUAGUACAACCUGCAACAACAGCUACGGCCGAUCGGAGUGCCCUAACGGUGCCAAGGACAGGAUUACCAAUAGUCUGACAUACCCACCAGCACGGAUUCGUCAUAAAAGGGAACCACAAUGAAUUAUUUACGGCGACGAUUCUCCGAUACGAACAUCGCGGCCAAUUUGCCGAACGGCUACCUGUCAGGUUUGGGCGGGGAGGACGACAAAAGCCAACAGCAGCCGGCCGCAGCACCGCCCCGCGGGACCAGCGCACCCUCCUCGCCGGCUAGGUCCAUGCCGCCCGGCGGGAUGGCGGGAGGGAGGGACGGGGAGAGGAACACCACCAAGACGCUGCUAGUCAUCGACGAUCAGCACACAGACUGGGGCAAGUACUUCAGAGGAAAGAGAAUCAACAAUGAAUAUGAGAUCAGAGUGGAACAGGCGGAUUUUUCGGAGAUCAACUUGGCAGCGUACUCUGACACCGGCACCAUGAUUGACAUGCAAAUCAACCGACAAGGAACCAAAGUCGUACGGUCCUUCCGGCCGGAUUUCGUGUUGGUCCGACAACACUGCCGAGGGUUGGACGCUAACCAAGACUACAGGUCCGUUAUACUCGGGCUCAGAUGGGGCGCAAUACCCAGUGUCAACACACUACUGUCUAUCUACAACUUCAUGGAGAAACCAUGGGUGUACGCCCAUCUCUUGCAAAUAAGGAAGAGGCUUGGCAAGGAGAAGUUCCCGUUGAUAGACAGGGCGUACUACCCGAACCACAAGGAAAUGGUAUGUCUGAUCACCCCCAAGUUUCCAGUGGUGGUGAAGAUUGGGCAUGCGCAUGCAGGACUUGGUAAGGUGAAGGUAGAGAACCACCAUGACUUCCAGGACAUCGCCAGUGUUGUAGCUGUAGCCAACACGUACGCCACCACAGAGCCAUUCAUCGACGCCAAGCACGACAUCCGGGUACAGAAGAUCGGCAAUAACUACAAGGCUUACAUGCGAACUUCAAUUUCUGGCAACUGGAAGGCCAACACAGGAUCGGCCAUGUUGGAACAGAUUCCCAUGACGGAAAAGUACAGAGUCUGGGUUGACGCCGUCAGUGAGAUUUUCGGCGGACUCGACAUCUGCGCAGUGGAGGCCAUCCAUGGCAAGGACGGCAAGGAUUACAUCAUCGAGGUGAAUGACUCCACGAUGCCUCUCCUGGGCGAGAACCAAGAGGAGGACCGGCAGCUGAUCUCUGACGUGGUGUUACAGCGGAUGACGCAGGUGUGCAGAGCUGGUGCCUCCGCCGCCCAAAACAUAAACCCCCACAAUGCGUGGCGUCGUGUGCUCGUCAUGAGCGGUUUGUCCACAGAUGCGGAGACAGAAGAGCCGCAAACUUAUGCCAAGUCGAUGACAGGCUUCCUGAACCUGGGCGGCAGUGCGUCCGCGCCUCCUUCGGCGUCUUCCUCGCACAGCACCCUUCCGGGCGCCCAGGCAGGGCCGGGGGCGGGGCCACCGCAGGCGGACGAGGAUCAGGCCGAGAGCAUUCGCAAGCUCCGCAAGGCUUUUUCGGGAAUCUUCGGAGAGCCCUAGCGGCUGCGGGGAACAAGCCGGACCUGGUUGCAAAUCUUUGGUCUUUCUAGGCAUGAAUCGCUGAACAGUUCCAACGACGACUGCUGCUAAAACAUCACAUUUCAUCAUCAGUGCUAGGACCUAAAACACCCCACAUCACCGAAACAAAGGUCACAAACGGAUGUACAUUUCCUAAGACAAAGAAGAAGAAAAGGAUUAGAUAUUUUAGAGAACGUCGAUCGUUGUAACUAUCUGUGAUGGCUCUUAAGAUUUGAUUUGUCUGAAUAAGUAUCUUCCAUAUUGCGUCUAAUUUUAUGAAAAUUUAUCUGAUAGAUUUAGACUAAGACAGGAUACGUGUUACGUUCAUUUUAGUAGUAGUAAAUCUAGGCGCGGUGUCGAUUCGCGAGUUUUAAACCAAUCCUGUAGUAACAAAAGAGUCACGGUUGAAUCCCUGCAAAGUGCCUGCUCAGAUCAAAGAUUUCCCGAGAAAUGGCCUCCUUUAGCGGUACUAUUUAGUCCCAUUUCAAUGAACCUCAUAACGUACUCUUAUUGAAAGAAAAAGAUGUAGUGUUCGACUUUCAGAGAAUUAUGCAAAUGCCCUGAAAUGAAUCUAGAGGGAAUGUGUAUUAGAUGUUUGAGCGCAGCCCCCACUCUUUGUAGCUGUGCAUUGAAUGUGCAUUGAGUGUUUAGAGUCAUGUGCUUUGUGGUUACCAUUUUGUACGUUAGUGGUCGUAAGCAUUUUCGAUGUCGCUAUUUGGCAAACACAAAAAUGACAAAUGAACGUAAUGUUCUAUUGAUACAUAGUUAUGUAACCAUUCUAUGUAUUUGAUUUUUAGACAGAAGCGUUUAGUUCUAUUCCUUUACGACAAGCGCAAGAAAGCGCAAGACGAUAGAUCUCUUUACAUUCUGAUGCUGUCAAUAUAGCUGUAAACGUCACAGUCGGAGUGCACGUCAUAACCAGUGCGACAUUCGCACAGGGUCCAUUCGCACUGUAUGGAUAGAAAUACCCUACCUCAUUUGUUUAGAAUGAACGUGAGCACCCGAUAGACCCUCCCUAGGAAAAAAAUCUCACAAAAGAAAGCAUAAUAGUGCAUGAAUUUUCAGUGAAUCAAGUGUGAUCUUACGUCACCAUAACUAUGUACAUACAUUUGUACAUGUUUAUUCAUAAAUGGCGGACAGACGCUCCUUCGAGUAUUCCUUUAUUCAUAAUACCACCACAGCUGUAUUGCUUGGCAUCUUUCACAAUUUAGCUCACCUUAUGAUGAAUAUUAGACGGCUCCUAAGGAAUUAUGGCAUAGCAAUAGCGUAGUGAUGUUCCAUUUAUUACACGGAUUGAGAGAGGCGUAAACGAAGAGACACAUUGUUCUGUAAACUAAAAUGGAAAACAAGCUCUAUGUGCUUAUGUGUGAUGAUAGGAAUAUGACAGACGUUGUAAGAUUGUGUUACUUGCAACUGUAAACAUUGUUUGGUGUCAUAUGUUGUUGUGCUUCCCGAGAAGUGGUGCAAAGUCUUUCUUCUUUCUGUUUAUCUUCCAUUUGGGUCAGCUGAAAUGUAUUUCCACCCCACCCCAUUGUCUACCCGAUGGGGCGACCCGAAUCGCAUAGCAACAACAACGAGUAUCAUAUUUUAGAAAACAACAAGUUUUAGCCCAAAUUUCUGC